UUCUGCCGCUAAGAUAGUUAUUUCUCUUCAUGCCACAGCGUGGACACUUCCAGGAAAUGCUCCACCAAUUUAGAGCAAUCAAAUAUGGCUGUCUUGGAAUCCGUUUUAUCCUUGCUCAAGCGGUUAAAGAAUUAAUUUCAUGAAGUCAAGGUGUAUAAACCUACAAUACCAAGACAGCCCGGGAAAGCAGACUUUUCAUUUUGGUAUAAAAGCGUUUGUCUUGAGACUAUUAGCUGAUACGCCGUUUAACUAAGUGCAGAACUCGACGGGACUGAUAAGAUGACAAGAAGCUGUAUUUAAACAAGCAACACCAUGAAUUAUUCCAACAACACUUCUUCGCAUACCAACAUGGCCCGUCCAUCGGGGUCUUAUUUUUCCAAGGARUGGGUUUAUGCUGGUAUUGGGGUCUACGUACCAUUAAGCAUCUUAAUCACGUUGGGCAACAUGCUGGUCAUUGCCGCGUUUUUCUCGACUCCUAAACUCAAGACAAAAACUAAUUACUUCAUUGUGUCGCUCGCGUUUGCCGAUCUUAUCGUCGGCACAUUUUCGGUUCCGAUGUGGUUAUAUAGUCUCAUUACCGAGGACUUUACGAACCCUGUUUAUGAGUUUUAUUUGUCAGUCGAUAUGUUCUCGGGGAUUUCGUCUAUCAUUCACUUGGCUUGUAUUAGUCURGAAAGAUGUUAUGCCAUCGUGGCGCCGCUGAAACACAUGAAUAUUAAAAAAGGCAACGUUUACAUUGCUAUAUUCAUAUCAUGGGUGCUAGGAAUUGUUGCACCAUUGCUYAAGCUAUAUUCUGGGUUACACAAGAUUUUCAUCUCCACUUUUAUCUCGUGCACUUUCUUCUUUGCUCCMUUGCUUGUUAUCCUCUUGGCUUAUGUCAUUAUAUUUACAUCAGCAAGAAAGAGUAUGGCCAUUCGUAGAGGGAAGUCCAURAAAAAGGAUCUUCACAUCGCGUACACCGUUGCUCUAGUCAUAGGCAUAUUCGUCAUCUGUUGGCUACCAUUCUUCGUCACCAUGCUGUUAAAUAACUUUUGCCCAGCAUGUAGAUCCGUGGUACAACUGUUACCAUACCUAAUGGCCGUCAAGUUUUUACACUACUUUAACUCCGUCUGUAAUCCCAUCAUCUAUUGUGUUAGRAAUAAGCGAUUUAACGCGGCGUUUAGCAGGAUUUUACGUCGCAUGUUCUGUUGUAAUACUCCRAAAAGUCAACAACAAGAAGACUUAGAUUCUACCAAAAUGGCAAAUUACAGGMAUACCAUCAGGAACAAAACUGUACGAAAUGGCGAGCAUGCGCGGUUAACCGGAUCUUGUGAACGUCGUUAUCAAACCGAGAUARUAUCGAGUGGUUAAACCUUUUWUYGCCCGUGAUUGMUUUGUAGAAYCUCAGGGAACACCGMAGGAGGUGAAACACAGAMACAUGCAGGUGUCCGGAAUAUAGGGGUUCCAAUAUAUAGAAACAYCUGUAAGAUAAUAYUGUCCGUAAUAUGGAGGUGCCCUUAUUAUUGAGUUUCCAGUAACAUGGAAAAUAUCUGGGAAUAUAGAGAUACUUGUAAUAUAACGUUUCCAGUACCAGUCAAUAUGGAGGUGCUUGUAAGAUGGAAUAUCCAUUGARCCCUGGCUGCUUUUUGACCAUCCUGUAGUUUUUACUUGGCUUAUCUGUGGACUUGACUUAUACCUGUGUACUUGGUUUGCCAUGGUAACGUUUUGUGUAAGUUAAGGCUAUUAAAAGGUGUGGAGGCGAGAA